AUGUCACAGCAGCUCAAAGAGCGCUAUUCACAAAGUGCGCAAGAUCCAGAUUCGUCACUUCCCUUGCUAGAUCCGCUUGCCAUCAAUCCUGCUGGACUAGAAGACUCGGAGCUGCCGGAUCCAACCGCAAUCGUUGGUCGCACCAGACGCCCACAGGUCAAGCUCACCGCCGAGAAGCUCUGCUCACCGAAGGGCCUGCCGAAGUUGAUGAAAGAAGGCCCUAAACGAAUUAGAAUAUCAAAAAGGAAGUCUUCCUACGACAAUCUGACACAUUUGCUUCAAUAUUACCAACUUUGGGCCCACGAACUGUUUCCCAAGGCCAAAUUCCACGAUUUUGCUGCCCUUUGUCGAACUCUUGGCAAAUCUGAUAAAGACUUGAGGGAAUACAGGAUUGAACUUCUACGACAAGAAUUUGCGAUUCCGUCCUUCGGGGAACAAGAUCUAGAAGCCCACGAUGAAGAGUCUGGAGUCCCAGCCCAACCAUCAACAGACGAACAAGGCUUCACACAACGAAUCCCUCCCUCCGAGCCCCCUUCUCCUUCCAGAUCAAGCCUGUUUGUUGCUGAUACAGCUCCAACCUUCUCAACUACUGCAAGCCUCCACGAGGAUGACGAUAACGACGGCAUGAUCUACGACCGAAGUCAAAAUGCAAUAGCGGCACAAGUUAACGAGACAUCUUCACGAGGAAAUAUUUCUGGGCCUACUAAUGUGUCGCCAGGAGGCUCCGAAUUUACCCAAGAGAGUGUCUCGGUUGGCACCAGCGGACCUGGGAAGGAUAAGCAUGGUGCUGACGAGGAUGAGGACGAAAUGGCACUCAUGCGCGAGUUCGGAAUGUAG